CAGAUCGCGUCUUCGUUGCGAAGGACGCGAGGAGAACGGUUCCCCACUUUCGGCGACCUCGAGGGAGAGCGAGAGCGUGUAUUUUCCGCGGACAGACAUGCAGUACUAAGAGAGUGUUGUUAUCGUCAUCACGUAUUAGUGUCCCAUCGUUUUUUUUCCCUCCCCAUUGCCGUAGUGUUGAUCAUUCUAUUUGAGUAUUCGAUUAAUAUUUAAAUCAUACGUACAAAUUGCCUUUCAAAGGAGACAUAAAAAAAUUAAAAUCGAAAAAAAAAAAAAAGAAAAAAAGAAAAGAAGAAAAAAAAGAAAAAUCGUCCAAUAUAAUCAACGAUCUGUUCUCAUUUAUAUACGUCGAUUAUCAUCGUCGUUUAUUCUUCGAUUCGUCGAUUAUAUAUAGUUUCGUGUAUUUUUCGACGAAAAGAGUGAGACAGAGUGUGAGAGAAGGGGAAAGAGGGAUUUAAAAUCGUAUGUACCCGAGAAGUGAUCGCACCUCGAUUGAAUUUCGAAACCGGUUGAAACCGUAGCCAUUGGACAUCGUCGAAAAGGGCUAAGAGAACCGAGAAGCAAGAAAAUCAAGAGAUUAAUCUAAGAUGGGAUACGGUACAGAGAUGGACGGCUGCGGCCGUUUUAUGAAGUACUCAUUGUUCUUUACAAAUUUCAUCAUCUUCAUCGGUGGUAUCGUUAUAACUGGCUUAGCGAUAUGGGCAUUUGUCGAUAAAGUACCUUGGAUAGGCGAAUUGGUGGGAAACGAUUUGUUGACAGGUGCCAUUUAUGUAUUAUUAGCUGGUGGAAUUUUGGUAGCUAUUAUCGCUUUCUUUGGAUGCGUUGGUGCGUCACGCGAAGUCAAAUGUAUGCUGGUCACAUAUUUCAUAAUCGUGUUUUUAUUAUUCGUGACGAUGCUAAUUGGCGGUGUUCUCGGCUAUGUGUUCCGUGAAAAAUUGUUGAACACAUUGGAACGUGAAAUGUCCGGUAGCCUGAGAUUAUAUGAUCAUCGUAAAUCCGUCCGUGAUGCUUGGGAUACUACGCAGACCCAGCUCCAUUGUUGCGGUGUAUAUGCCUGGAGAGAUUGGGGAGUUCAUGGUCUCCUUGUGCCACAAAGCUGUUGUCGCGAGGUUCAACCCGGACAGCGAUUUAACUGCAGUGCUGGUGCUGACACAGUAAAUCCAUCGAACGCUUAUCUGGAAGGUUGCCUAAACAGAACGCAAGUUUAUAUGCAACAGCAUGCAGCCGUUAUGGGUGGCGCUGGUAUCGCUGUUGCGUGUCUCAUGUUCUUUGGCAUGAUAUUCUCUUGUGCAUUAUUCAAGAUGAUAGAAUGACAAAGCAAUGACUACUACGUGUAAAAAAAACAUCCCGUGGGUAUUCUUUUGAUCCAGACAAGCACGGAAGAUAAU